AUGGCAGAGUUAACAAUUUCAGUAGAGAAUGAAACCUAUAUUUUGGUACCAGCUGAUUUAGAACAAUCAGUCGAACAAUUAAAACGUGUUAUCGAAUUUGAAAUUUCAGUUAAAAUCAAUCAACAAGUUUUAACAUAUGACGGUAAAGUUUUAGAUAAUGCAAAGAAACUAUCGGAGUAUUCAAUCAAAAAUGGUGAUAUGAUUUUAUUGACAAAGAAUAUUUUUACACAACCUCAACAACAACAACAACAACACCAACAACAACAACAACAACAACAACAACAACCUCAACAACAUGGUGGGUUCGCACAGCCUCCAAAUGAAAUAUUUGCUUCUGCAGAUUCAAUGAUUGAUUAUUUUACAAAAAACCCAGAAGGAUUGGGUCAAAUUAUUGAGACCAACCCACAACUUGCUGAGGCAAUUCUUUCAAAAGAUAAAAAGGCAUUAACAAAUGUUUGUGAGCAAUUCAAAAGCCAACGUAGAAUGCAAGAGUUAGCAAUCAAAGAUCCAUUUGGCGAAGAGUAUCAAAAAUUACUUUAUGAACAAAUUCAAAAACAAAAUAUUGAAGAAAAUAUGGCCCAUGCUAUGGAACAUACCCCUGAAGUAUUUGCCUCUGUCUAUAUGUUGUACAUUAAAUGCUCGAUUAAUAACUUUCCAAUUAAAGCUUUUGUUGAUACUGGAGCACAACAAUCGAUUAUGUCCGAAAAAGUUUGUAUAGAUAAAAGAAAAAUUAUAGUAAAUAUAAGCUUAAUAUUAAUAUUAGUCUUUAAUUUCUUUUAUAGUAAAGGCACUUUCCAAAUUGGAGAAGAAAAACUAGAGUACCUCCAUGAAAAAGAUUUAAAGGAUAUUUUGGGUUCCGAGGGUCAAGAGGAAGAGGACUUAAAAAAAGUAACACAAGAAAGUUUAAAAACCACUUCACCAACUCCUAGCUCAACUACAACCACCUCUACCGUCUCACCAACCACAUCGGCCACAUCCACUGCUUCAAUAUCAUCACCAUCUGUUACAUCACCAACCAAUACAACCCCAACCUCCACUAGACCAGUUACCAAUACUUUUAGUGCUAUGCCUGAAGAAUCAAUCAAUGUUUUAAUGAGCUUGGGUUGCUCAAGAGAAAGAGCUAUUAGACUUUUAACCCAAACUAGAGGUAAUGUCGAUGCAGCUGCCAGUCUUUUCUUUGGUUAA